UCGGCACGCGAGGUGAGCCAGGUCGGCUAUGUGCGCUCCCCAUCAAACGCAAAUCCAAUGUUAAGAGGGGGGAUGGCGGGGCCAUCGUCUGUCUCCUGCAGACGUAACGAGUUCAAGUACACGUUCUGAGAGGUGGCUGCCGGGCUGCUCGAGGACGAGCCGGCCACCCAUCGCGAGUUUGUCUUGAGCUGGCGGUUCUGAGUACUGCUGCGCUGGAGGCCCAUGUCAGACCCGCGGCUUUUGCGGCGCUGUUCCUGCUUUGCUCGCGCAGCCCGGGCCUUGUGCACACGCUUCAGAGCGAUGUCCGUAGACUGGGCACCGGACCAUUGUGUGCCAUUGAAGAUCCCAGUCCCUUCGAGGUCGGCGAUAAAUCUCUCUUGCUCUCAGCUGAUUCACACGUCCUUCUUCAACUCACGCUUUACCUCGCAUACCUCGGCGUCCUCGCCCAGCCGCCGUGCAACAGUCAACACGCGCUCCAGAGAGGCGAUAUGUUGCAUUUGCAAGUCAAUGAGCUCUUCGACCGUCUCUCCAUCGGGAAUUUCAAGGCUGUGUCCAAGCACAAGUGGCAGCGGCCAGUCUCUGCGAUGUUGGGCGAGGGCGGUCGCCAACGACGUGAUGUGGUAGCGCAGGUGGCCGAGGAGGGUAUACAGCGACUUCGCCUCGCCCUUCGCAGCUUCGGUGCGCACUUGUUUUAACGACGGAAAGGGCUG